AUGCAGGAGUCUCCAGGUGCCAUGGGUGUAGAUGGCAACUACGCCAGCAACGUUCCUGCCUUUCUCACCAAGCUGUGGACCCUUGUGGAGGAUCCAGAUACCAACCACCUCAUCUGCUGGAGCGCUUCUGGGACAAGUUUCCAUGUGUUUGACCAGGGACGCUUCGCCAAGGAAGUUCUGCCAAAGUACUUUAAACACAAUAAUAUGGCAAGCUUUGUUCGACAGCUCAACAUGUAUGGUUUCCGUAAGGUGGUGAACAUUGAGCAGAGCGGUCUGGUGAAACCUGAGAGAGACGACACAGAGUUCCAACAUCUGUACUUCCUCCAGGGACACGAACACAUGCUGGAACACAUCAAGAGGAAGGUAUCCAUAGUGAAGAGUGAGGAGACCAAAGUCCGUCAGGAGGACCUCAGUAAACUGCUGUAUGAAGUCCAGCUGCUCAGAACACAACAGGACAACAUGGAGUGUCAGAUACAGGACAUGAAACAGCAGAAUGAAGUCCUGUGGAGGGAGGUGGUCUUACUGAGACAGAAUCACACACAGCAACAGAAAGUCAUGAACAAGCUGAUUCAGUUUCUGUUCAGCCAGAUGCAGUCCAACACACCCAGCACUGUGGGCCUAAAGAGAAAGCUGCCUCUAAUGUUGGACGAUGGCUCUCCCAGCCCUCCUACCUCCAAGUUCAGCCAUAGCCAUCCAAUGGAGCCCAUGCAUGAGCCCUUCUACAUCCAGUCGCCCUCCAGUGAUACUGCUUCUUGCUCUAGUGGGCUGACAGGAGGACCAAUUAUAUCAGAUGUUACUGACAUGUCUCAGGCUAGUAUGGCCCUCCAGAUGCAACCUGAUGAGACGAGGGAGAAGUGCAUGAUGCUUAUCAAAGAGGAGCCUGUGAGUCCAGGAGUGAGAGGAGGAGGGAAACAGGGCAGUGUGGGGGGAGGAGAGGCCGUAGCGUUGACCUCCUCCUGUGAGGUCUGUUCUUCAGAACCUCCUGUCCUUCCUGUUGCAAUGGUCCAGUCUGUUCUGGAGGGGAGGGGCUCUGUGGCCUCUAUGAUGGAGAGGAGGAGUAAGAGACCUGCCCUGGACAGAGUGGAGGUUUCAGAUGCAGUGGAGAAUGUGGAUAUGAGCCUGGAGGAGCUGCAGCAGCUGCUGCUCAGGAGCCAUCAGCAGAGUACUGUGGAAGCUGGAACCAGCGCUGUAAUGGAUCCCUUCAGUUUAAGCCUGCCUCUGACUGAGUGGAACUUCACAGAGAUGGAGUCUAACCUCAAAUCAUACAUGUUUCAGAAUCAGGAAGCGGAGGCUUUUCCUGCAACUGGCUGCGAGGAACAGUGAUCGAAAUGUGCUAUGGACUAUCUUUUCUGAAGUGGAAGGCCACAGAAGCUGCUGUUCCUCUCAUUAUUCCACUCUGCAUGGGUUUGAUCCCGCGGCCCUGCCAGGCUGUUUCUUACACGUGGCUUCACUUUCUUUCUUUCCAUUCACAUACCAAAAUGCAGCAAUGAAAAGGCCUGCAUCCUAAUAUUUCCUGGCCAGCUGACUGCCAUUGGGCCUAUCAGCCCCCAGCUCUGCGGGCAUGACUGCUGCCUGCAUGAAGAAAGACGUGGGUCUAAGUUUUUCAUAGUUACCCAAACAAACGUGUGUUAUGACAUCAUUAUAUCUAUACUCCAAUAUUCAGCCAGCUGGAUGCAGACAGUGCAUUCUUGGCUCCAGCACUUUAGUCUUUGUGUGAGAGGGAGUUCCUGCUUGUGGAAGUGACUUUUUCCUUCCUCUACUGUAUAAAGGACCUAUUACGGAUGUACAAAUGAAUAUUUUUCUUAUUUUAUCCUUAUUACAAAAAUACUGUAUUUGUAUCCAAGAGAAAACUUUGGCAAAAAAAAGUCGCUGUGAAGAUCUUGGGGAGGCAAUGUAGCACACUGUAUAUUACAAGUCAUGUGAUUUUUUUCAGUCUGUGUAAGGAUGUCGACAAUUUUAGGGCUCUUCAUAUAUUUAUUUCAUGCAUUUCAAAUCAUGAUUAAUGUGUUGAGAUAGAUCAGAGGUGAUUUAGCCUUCCGUGAUAUGAAAGGUUUUUCUAGCAAAAAAUAUGGAUUUAAGCCACUCUGAAAUCUGUUAAGAAACCUUUAAUUUUCUGAAGCAUAUCAUGAUAGAAGGUUUUACACACUGAGGCACCCAUCUAAUGUAUCUUUGCACAGGCCUGACAUGUAGCUGGAGACUUAGAGUUACUUCUCUUCUGUCCAUAUAAAUGUGAAGUUUAAAGGAAAUAUGAAAAAGAUAGACUUCUCAUUUGACAAAACCAUGAACACCACUGCAUUUUUGCACAAUCUGUAUCACUAGUUAUAUAUAGUUAUAAGAACAGGUCAUUUAUUUUCUGUUUGUAGAUGACCAACACUUUGUUGCUCUACACAUGCAUGUCUAAAAGAGAUACUGGCCUCAAUAGCAGGGUUUUCUGGAACUCAAGAACAAAAUUUAGUGGAGGACAUGAUGUCUCUGAAUGUUACUGCUGUUUUCAUUUGGAAACAAAGGCCACACGUUGAGUUAAGACUUGAGCGUGCAUAGAAACCCUGAUAGAAAGUCAAGACAGUGGGAUGCUACUUUUCAUACAUUGUAAAAAAGAAAAAAAAAGAAAAAAGAAAGAGGAAAAAAAAGAAUACUCAACUGUCCAGGAGCCAGUCUUUAAAAAGAUUUCAUCAUGGUUGACUGCGUUUCAUUAAAUGUAUGGUGGGGUGGUUACUUGAGAAUUGAAUCUGUUAUAGAACCAUGAAUACCUGCUUGAAGAAAUGCAUAUUAAUUGUCUGGGUUACUUAAGAUAAUCAAUAACCAUUCGAUGUAAAAUAUUAAUCCUCAGCACUGGUUGCAGGCAACAGUUUAAAGGUUAAUUUAAUGCUAAAUAAUCUUCUGGGAAACUUCCUGGGGAUGAGUUGAAUCGUGCAAUACUGUACAGAACUGUGAGAACUCACAAAAUUGCAAUACAUGGAUGACCAUAGGAAUGUAGGAAACAGCAACUGUGAGUGGUGGACUGGAACACACCAUGGGAAGAUGCACUGAAGAAGGAGAAUGUUAGCCUGCUAGCUCUUCAUACUGAGCCAGACAAAAGCUUCAACCUGUAGUUUGUUUUGGGGAGGCACACGCCAGCUACGUGCUUAGCUCUGUCGCUAACCAUUACUGCUAACACACAAUUAUAAUUCCAGCUUUUUUGCACAGAAGAGCUGGACUUUUUGUCCACUAAAAGCCCUGCUAGCUUCUUACAAUGGGUCACACAGUAGUUAAACCUGUAUUUAUAGUUUUGGGGAGUCACGUCAGCUACAAUUUAGCCUACAGCAACUAUUAGCUAAGCUCUGUGGCUACAACGUAACCCCUUAACACAGAACUAUAUCCAUUUUUUUUACUCAGAAUAGCUCGACAUUUUCCCCUUUAGGUAUCUAAAAGCCUCACUAGGUCUUUACACUGAGUUGGACAAAAUCUUCAGCCUGUUCUAACAGUUUUGGGGAGACACGCAGGCAGCUAUAUGCUUCUGUAGCUACGCCGCAACCCCUAACACAGAUCUAUAAAUCCACCAUUAGUCCACAGAGUAGCUGGACAUUUUGUCCCGUGUCUAUCUAAAAUCCAUGCUAGCUGUUUAUGCCAAGUCUGACCAAAAAGAUUUGAACUAGCUGAACGACCAGCUGACUAGCAACUUCACCAUAAGGGCUACACAGUUCUGCUAACAAGGCUAAAAGUCAAGAUAGUUAUUUGCAUUAGCUUUUUGAAAAGGGCAUUGCAUUUCUCUAUCAUGUACUUUUGAAUCUCGUGUAAUAUUGAGACUGUCCUCCCCCAAAAACGGCACCAUAUGGCACCAUUGUAUUUUGAAUUCAAAAUACAAUUAAUUUGCAUAUAUUUAUAUUAUACAUUGUGAUUCUGAAAAUAAUUUAGAAAAGAAAUACCAUGAAGAUAUACAUGAUUACAAUUGAGGUUUUUAUGUCUGCAUUAAGUGAGGAAAAUGCUCAUGAAUAGAUGGGCUCAUAGCUGUGUUCACACUAGAUUUACCAAUACAUUACAUUGGAUUUGCCAGCAUUAUGAAGCUAAUGCAAACUGCCCCCUGCAGGUUAACAUUUGUGUGGCAGGCCCUCCUUCUCUGUGCAUACUUUGGGGUGAAGGGAGAAAAACAUGCUGUGGUGUAUAACAAGUGAAAUUGCACUAAAAAUCACAGUUGUAUGAUAUUUGAGAGUAUACAGUAUAUUUUAGACAUAGCAUUUAUUCUUGUUCCUCAUGAUAAUAUGAGUGUUAAUGAUUUAUUUUCAAGGAGUGAUGAAUACACACAUUCAGUUGCUGUUGUGUUCUUAAUUUAUUCUGUUUUCCAUUUUAAUCAUUUGCACUGGAAAUUAAUGGAUGUGUGUUCAAAUGACAUUUAUGCUUGUCAGGAUUGCAGAUAAAUAAGGAAGUAUUUUUUUGUAACUGAGUGAAAAAAAAUCUCUGCUGUAACAAAGACUGGCAUCCCAAAAGCACUCCUGCACUAUCAACGGACAGCAAUUCAUUAGCAUAUUAAUGCAUAUAACAUAUACAUUAUCAUAAUAAAAUACACCUUAAAAAAGGACACCUGCUGUCAAUAAAGACACAAUCUUAGUGCUUAGAUGCUUUUGAAAGUGGGCCACAACCUGCAAAAAAUGUGACUUGUUUUAAAUGGUUUUUUGCAAAGACUAAAGUUUAUUGUUACAGAGAGUCAAAGAAACUGAACAUGUAUUCCACCUGUGUAUGAAAUAUUUAAGUUGUUCAAACAAAUAAAA